AUGUUUAAGAGUCGCCCGAAAUACCGAACACCUGAUGGUUCCACUAUUGAGACAAAAGGGCUUUUCCAGGCGUUGCUAGCCGACGCUAUAGCCAGCGCGUUUAUUCUCGAUCUGCAAAGAUGCAAGACGCCAGAGGCCAUGGAAACCGGCACAAAGGCGAACGUUCUGUGUGCACACUUAAGACAAGAAGCGAAGGUGCGGGCCACUCUCAAACCUAUUAUCUACCUAGUAGCAAGUGAUAACCUGGAGGCGGCUAGACAGAAAGCAAACAGCUUCAUUCAUGACUUACAAAAUGCGGAAGAGGACUGGGCGGAAAUGGAAGUUACCCAAGCAACUGCAAGAGUGCAUGCUGCGCUGUCCGCUUCCCUGAGCUUCGCUCUAUCAUCAUGGAAGGGAAAAGUCGCUACAUGGAUAGCAAGCCAGACGCCGCUAAGGGGCUUGCUCCGUAAAGCGUUGGGUGAAGUGACUGCUCUUAUUUUCGAGGGUAAUGCGGAAGCAGCGAAGUUCGGCUUGCACGUGAUGAGUGUAGAAGACGAAGAUCCAACGGUCACAAGUGGGGCGUUGUUAAAGUACGCCCAAAUGCAGGUGAUGCAAUCAGCAGCGGAAGCUCGAUUCUUCUGUCAAACAGGAUUAAAGGGGCUUGGCAAGGCAGUAGGUAGUGCUCUGAAGACAGCCAUACGCAGCCUCGCGCGUGCGGAAGUGGACGACGCCCGGCGACAGAGCAACGGACGAGCUUACCCUUCAACGCCUCCUCAUAAUUUUUCUGAGAUAUCAUCUUCAGUGAAUGCCUUGAGGAAGCCUUACAGGCAUCCGGCGGCUCUGUUCAACGCCAAUGAACAGGAUUUUCUCCCCUCCUUCGUCUCCACGCGCUCUCUCAAGACACGACGUCGUUUCAGUGGUUCAGCUAUGGCGUUGGUCGGCUCAACAUCAGGGAUGAAUCUCAAGAAGGCUCUGAAGAAAGUUAAGUUCCAGGGAAAGAAUAUCUUCGCAGACACCAACUUCCUGAAACGACGAUGGUGGAGUGUUUUAGGGGAAAUUGUGAGAAGGCUACGGACCAAGGAGAAGGUGGCCCUGCCCCUUGUCAUUCUGUUGUCGGUUCAUUUCUUUGUCAUCAGCCUUUCAUUUGCCGCUGUUGCGACCGUAGCAACGCAAGCAAUUGGUGCAUUCUGCGUCCUCGUGGUGGUGCUAAUGAUGCUGGAUCUCCUUCAGCUGGAUGCUUCUCUCAGCCAACUACACAAAGCCUACCUCUAG